ACAGUAACUUCAUGACAUUUUAUAAUUACUCAUUGAUAACAUUAGUUUCAUUAGGUAGACCUUGUGCUUUGCUUAUUUUUUUCUUCAUAUGGAAUGUGCCACUCAAAUUCCAAAUGAUUUGUAUCCUAAGCAAUGUUUAUGUUUUGUAUAUUCCAGGGGACUUGUCAGUGGCUCCACAAAGCAGUGAUCAAGAGAAUGCUCUCCUACAGAGAAUCAAAGAGAAGCAUAAAUCCAGACUGAAAAGCCGCUAUAAACACCUGUUUGAAGGCAACGCCAGAAAUAAAACUCUUCUCAACAAUAUUUACACAAAACUCUACAUCACAGCAGGAGAGACCGAAGGGCUCUGUAACAAACAUGAGGUGUUGCAGAUUGAGACAGAAUCCAGAACAUGCACAUCAGAAGACACUCCUGUCAACUGCAACAACAUCUUUAAACCUUUACCUGGAGAGGACAGAAUAAUCACAACUGUGAUGACCAAGGGCAUUGCUGGGAUCGGGAAAACAGUCACUGUCCAAAAGUUCAUCCUUGACUGGGCAGAAGGAAAAGCCAAUCCGCAUCUGGAUUUUAUAUUUCUGCUUCCAUUCCGGGAAUUGAAUUUGGUCGAAAAACAGUUCAGUCUUCAUGGCCUUCUGUGUAGCUUCCACGAUGAACUUAGAGAAAUAGAGGAUGCAAAGAAAAUUGCAGGUUGUCAAGUUCUGUUUAUCUUCGAUGGUCUGGAUGAAAGCCAACUUCCACUGGAUUUCAACCGAAACAAGAUAUUGUUUGACAUGGCAGAAGAAGCGCCCAUUGAUGUGCUAUUGACAAAUCUCAUUAAGGGGAAUCUGCUACCCAGUGCUUGCCUCUGGAUAACCUCCCGACCAGCAGCAGCAAAUCAGAUCCCCAGGAAGAACAUAACACAGAUGACAGAAGUGCGUGGGUUCAAUGACUCACAGAAGGAGGAGUACUUCAGGAAGAGAUUCUGUUCGGAUGCAAACCUGGCCAAUCGAAUCAUCUCCCACAUAAAGACAAAAAGGAGCCUCAACAUCAUGUGCCAGAUUCCAGUCUUCUGCUGGAUCACUGCUAUGGUUCUAGGGGAGAUGUUGACAAAUGACUGCAAAGAAAUCCCUAAAACCCUUUCUGAGAUGUACACACACUUCGUGCUCAUUCAGACAAACCUGAAGAACCAGAAGUAUCAUAACAGCAAUGAGACAGAUGCACGGAGGAUCAAAGAAUCAGAUAAAGAGAUCAUUCUAAAGCUGGCCAAGCUAGCUUUUGAACACCUGAAUAAAAGCAAUCUCAUAUUUUAUGAGAAGGAUCUGAUAGAGUGUGGCCUUGACAUCAAUGUAGCUUCAGUGCAAUCUGGAUUGUGCACAGAAAUCUUUAAACAAGAAGAUGGGCUCUACUGCGAGAAAGUCUACUGCUUCGUGCAUUUCACCAUCCAGGAGUACUUUGCCGCUCUGUAUUUACUCUACUGCUACACAACCGAUAACCUUUGUGUGUUGGAGUCUUUCCUCCAUAAGAGGUUUGUUGAGGAGGACCUGGAAGAAGGUUCUGCGGCUUUGUUGGGCGAUAACGGAGACCAUUCAGAUGCUUCGCAGAGUGAUGAGUCUGGAGAAAGUCUAGAGUCCACUAUUGAAGACAACUCAACUCUGGAGGAAGAGCCUGAGGAACACUCGGAGUCAUUCAAUGAUGAUGAGGCUGAAGAAGUGUCUGGCUCUGAGUCUUCAGAGCUGGUUCUACAUGAAAAACCAUCCUUUCAUGUGUUACUGAAGAGUGCAUUGCGCAAUGCCUUGCAGAGUGUGAAUGGACAUCUGGACCUUAUGCUCCGCUUCCUUCUUGGCCUUUCACUGGACUCCAAUCAGAGACUCCUACAAGACCUACUGUCAGAGACGGAGAGCUAUGCAGAUAGUGUUGAAGAAACAAAGUUUUACAUAAAGGAACAGCUGKGGUUGCACAACUCCCCUGAGAGAUCCAUUAACCUUGUAUACUGUUUGGCUGAAAUAAAUGACAAUACACUUACUGAAGAGGUUGAAGCGUACCUGAGGUCAGGAAAUCGUGGAGGAACAAAGCUCUCACCUGCUAAAUGCACAACUCUGGCUACUGUGCUGAUGUCAAGGGAGAUUCUGGAUGAGCUUGACCUAAAGAAGUUCAACACUUGUGAGGAGGGACGAAAGAGGCUGAUUCCACUUAUCAAGUACUGCAGAAACGCUUUGUGA